UGAUUUUUAAUUUAUUCAUUUCCUUAGUGUAAAAUAUAUUUAAUAAAAUGAUUAACACAUCAUUUUCUACUGAUCGAACGUUAGUUUUUUACAAAUUUAUUCGUUUUUCUUAUCUUAAAUCAUCCUCCGAUUCAAUAUGCCUUGAUUCUUUAAAUCAUAAUUCAAUUUAUCCCGAUUUAAAUCAACGGGAUUACUUUUUUAAUUCAGAUUCUUUUGUUAAUUCCUCCGAUUCUUUCAAUUCUGACUUUAUGUGUACACUCCUAUGCUCAAAAAACUCAGUUUCUCCUUUGGAUGUUUUACGACAUCUUUCAAUGUACUAUGGCUUUAAUCCCAAAUCGUUUCAGCAUUUCCGCGUUUUUGUGCUUGUUCCUCUUACUCAAUAUUUCCCUUCAUUACAUAAUCUGACCCACUUGGAUAAACUUUCAGCCUCAUCUCAUACUUCCAAGAAUAAUAAUUCUAAGGUUUCAGAUAAAUUCUCUAAUGAUGAUGGUAAAAAUAUAAACUUUGAUACUAUUACAUCACCUAAAGAUCCUAUAAAUGAUAAGUUAGUAUGGGUUUCCGCCAACUUAAACAAUUCUCUUUACACACUUAACGGUACUGUACACCUGAAGAUUUAUCUCCCCGACUUAAAUGCCCUAAAUUUAAUCAAACCAGUAGAUAUUAUCCAUGAUAGUAGUUUCAAUUUUGACUUUAAAAAAUCCUCUGAAACUAAUAAAAAUGAAACUAAAAUUAAAUCUUCAUAUGAAGAACAUAAGGAACCCGUUUCUUCAUUAGUUAGGGAAGAAAUUAUUCAAAAAGUUGGUAAAUGGUCACACACAGCUGAUGGGAAACUCAAGGAUAUUCGAACCCUGCUAUCAACCAUACAAAAUGUUUUAUGGGAAGAUGUGGAGUGUGAAUCUAUGCCUCUAAGUUUUUUAGUCUCGGAUAAGGACUCCAUUAAAUCAUACUACAAAAAAGCUUUAUUGGCAUGCCACCCCGAUAAGCAAAGAAAAAAGAACCAACAAAACAAACUACUCUCUGAAUUAGUUAUACAAACACUAAUUAAAUCGUGGAAUGAAUCCCCUUAAUGUAGUAUUUGCGGUU